AUGGUCGCUAACGCCGCGGCCGCGUCGCUCGGCGCGAUGCAGACGAACGCCGCGCUCCGCAGGGGCUCGUUCGUCCCCUCCGUCCGUGGGGUCGCAACCUUCGCCCCACCCAGGCGCCUGACGCGAGCCCGCUUCCCCGUCGUGCGCGCCGCGCAGGGCCCCGCGGAGAGCAACGAGGACUACGAGGCUCGCCUCCACGCCGAGGCCACCGCGGCCGUCGAGCGUCGCAUCCUCAAGGUUGUCCCCGCGGAUCUCCUCGGGUCCAUCGCCAUCCCCCAGAAGCUCGUCGAGAUCCGCUCGUACGUGCGAUGGGAGGAGGCCGGCAAGCCCGAGGACACCAGCAGGGAGUGGCAGGCGCGCGAGUAUCAGGCGGCGCUCAUCGACCUGAAGCUCGAGAUGCUCGCGGGCGGUAACCUCAACGACGUCCGCCGCAGGUACCAGCUCGAUACCGAGUUCGGCGAGGACUCCCCCAUGCACUCCCCGUCCAAGGAGGAGCUCGAGAUGCUCAAGAAGGCGCUCGCCAUCUCCAAGGAGCCCGAGUACUACUCCGACGAGAAGGCCCAGGAGGAGAUCGACGCGGAGGCGACCGCCCUCGCCGCGCGCGUCGCCGCGGCGUCCGCCAUCUCCGCGCCCGGCCCGGCCAUGCCCCCGCCCCCCGUCGCCGCCGCCGCCGCCGCCGCCGCCGCGCCCGCCCCCGGGGAUGCGAAAAAGGCGGAGAAGCUCCGGCUCAAGGCGGAGGCUGAGGCGCAAAUGAAGAAGCUCCAGGAACAGAUGAAGGCCCUCGAGGAGGAGGAGGAGGAGGAGGAUGCCGAGCUCGCCAAGCGCGUCGCCGCCGCGGCCACCGCCGUGGUGCCUCCCCCGCCCCCGGUUCCCGCGCCCCCCGCCCCCGCCCCCGCCCCCGCGGCGCAAUCGUCCGAAGCUAAGCCGGUUUUCAAGCCGGCGGGCGCCGCCGCCCCGGAUACCUCCAAGGCGAGGGCGCUCAGCGCCGCCAAGGCUGCCGCCGAGGCUGAGCUCAAGGCUGCCGAGGCUGAGAUGCGCGCGGCGCAGGCUGCGCUCAAGGCUGCCGCCGCCAAGCGCGAGGCUGACGCCAAGAAGUCGGCCACGGUGCUCGGCGACGAGCUCCGCAUGGGCCACGUCCCCGCCGACGUCGCCAAGUCCACCUACGGCGUCAAGGCCAAGGCUGCCGACCUCGAGGCCAAGGCCAAGGCCAAGAAGGAUGCCCAGAAGAAGGUCGAUGCCCUCUUCAUCGAGCCCGGCGUCGAGAACCCCACGCAAAUCAAGGCUGAGGCCAAGCGUCUCAUCGAGAUGGAACUGGCCAAGGAGGAGGAGAUCCUCGCGGCGAAGAGGUCCACCGAGCCCGCGAAGCCCGUCGCCGUGACUCCCACCCCUCCCGCUUCCCCCGUCCCGAGAAGCCCCACCGCCGCGUCCAUCAAGAGCGACAUCCCGGAGCUCGUCGACGAAGUCGCGGGGGAGGUUGCGAACAUCGAGGACUUCCAGCCCAAGUAUGUCACCGGCGCCGCCGUGGACGAGCGCCUCGCGAAGAUUGAGGCUCUCCACGCCGCGCAGCUCAAGGCGAUCAAGAAGGAGCACGAGGAGGAGCUGCUCAAGGCUAAACUCUCCGUCGAGACCGACGGCGCGUCCUCCUCCGCGGAGAAGCAACUGAGGGCCAAGCUCGGCGAGCUCGUCCGGGCGCUGGAGGUUAGCAACAAGCAGUGCAAGGGCCUCAAGGAGAAGCUCGCCGCCACCUCCGAGGAGCUCGCGACCGAGAAGAAGAUCUCCGGUAAGGCUGGCGAGGUCCUCGCGGCGCACAAGACGAACGAGAUGAUGAUCAAGACGCUCAAGAAGGAGCUCUCCGUGGCGCUGGAGGUUCAGGCGACGGCUGAGAAGCGCGCGCAGGCGGCUGAGAAGGAGGCGGCGGCGGCCAAGGUUGACAUGGACGUGAACACGGGCAAGAGCGAGUCCCUCGAGGAGCGGGUGAAGGAGCUCGAGGCCGAGCUCUCCGAGGCGCAGGAGGUCAUCGCGGAGUUCAAGGCUUCCUGGGAGGCUGACCGCAAGGUGAUUGCCGUCCUUUCCAAGAUGAAGGAUGCCCCCGAGGCGCAAGCCAAAAUAGCCGCCGCCGCGGCGGAGGAAUCUUCCUCCUCCAGCGUGUUCAGCAAGUGGGCCGCCGGCGUGACCCGGGUGCUCGUGGGCGAGCCCGCCGCCGAUCGCGACGUGGCGGCGGAGAAGCUCAAGGCUUCCGCCAUCAAGUGGUCGCCCAAGUACGACGCCAUCGAGGCUGAGAAGGCCAAGGCUGAGAAGGCGAAGCCCUACGCGAGGCAGGGGGGCAGCGCCACCAUCGCCAUGCUCCGUGCCAGGAAGGAGACCGCGGAGCGCGCCGUCGACGAGAACGCGCGGGCGAGACAGGCCAACUGGCUCGAGGCUGCCGAGCAGGCGACGGAGGCUGCGGCGGCGUUUGAGGAGGAGAAGGAGGAGGAGGAGGAGCCCGAGCCGGUGAAGGCGCCCGCUCCCGUCAAGUCCAACGCCGUGCCCGCCGUGCCCAAGGCGAGGAAGAUCCCCCUCCCGGGCGACAAGCUUCCCCCCGCCGCGCCCGCCAAGGCCACCGCGCCCUCCGUCCCUCCCCCCGGCGCCAACGCCGUGGUGAAGACAGCCGAGGACGCCGUCGACAUCCAGAAGCCCCCCACCGCAACCGGCAAGGCCGCCGCGCCCGUCGCCAUGCCCAAGCCCACCGCGAUGCCCAAGUUCAUUCCCGCCGCCUCCAAGGCUGCGGAUGACAAGAAGGGCCCGGGCGGCUGGAGCAGCUCGCACCUUCCCCCGACUCGCUGA